AUGAAGAGACGCUGUGUUCAGCCCACUGGCUGUGGUGAAACCCUGACUGCGACCGCGCUCUGGCAGGUGAAGAGAUUCAGUUUUGGUAAUUCUACGAACGUCAUCCGUCCUAAUUUCAUGAAAUGCAACCACUGGAUAGAGGCCCCAGCUGAUAAACAAAUCCAGUGGCGUGUAACUUACAUUGAAAAUCCUGAGUGCAGAUUCGGUUGUCCACUCAAUGCUAUCGAGCCUAAAGUAGGAGACGAUCCAAGGGCUACGAACCAUAGGUUUGUAUUGCAAUUGCUUUUGUGGGCUAAAUAGCA